AUGACGCGGGUGCGGAAGGCUUGCCCAAAGAGGAAUGGCGUCACUCUAACGCGCAACGCGUCGCGCGCCGAGAACGCGUUCUCCAAGCUGCCGCCCGCCUCGUCCUCGGCGUCCGACAUCCACACCAUGGCCGGCAAUCAGCGUCUGAGAGGGCUCCCGGCCCAUCCACCGGGCCCUACUUUCCUGAGCUACACGCCGAACGGACGAAAGCUGAUCACUGUCGGACUCAACAACGCCAUCCGCGUCUUCCAGACGGGCUCCGUCGAUGAACCCACCAAUAUCGACAAUGCUCAAGAUUCGAACACGGCUGUGGCCGCUGCUAACGACUUCUUCGUCACCGGUUCCGAAGAUGGCACCGUCUGCAAAUACUCGCUCGAAACGAACUCGCUAGAAGAGGUCCUUGUCCGCUGCACACUACCAGUGCGCGAUAUUGCCCUGUCUCCGGACGGCAAUUGGGCAGCAGUUGCUAGCGAUGAACUGGUGGUCAAGGUCGUCAAUACGAAAGACAUGACCCGUGUCAUUCAUCUCAGGGAGCAACCGCGCCCUGUCAAACACGUAUCUUUCGACGUCAGCGGAUCCUUCCUGGCUGCUUCCUGCUCCGACGGACAUGUCUACAUAUACUCGCUCAGCUCCGAAGAGCCAAGCCUGGUGAUGACAGUGGACGGCUUGAUAAGGUCCAUGGAAACGGAUGCUGAGGCAAGCUCAAAGGUGCUUUGGCACCCGGACGGACGAGCUUUCGCAGCAGCCACCCCUACUCGAGAUAUCCAGGUGAUCUCGAGAGGUGAUUGGGAACGUCAAAGGGCAUUUAAGUCCGGCCAUACCGGCGAUAUCACAGCAGCAGCAUGGUCCCCCAACGGGGGUCUCCUUGCAACGACAGGUCACGACCGUAAGCUUGCAAUCUGGGACACGAAGACUCAGCGCGUCGUCAAAACCUAUGAUGAUGUCCGGGCUACAAUCCUUGCUAUGGUGUGGCACCCUGUUGAGAACAUCCUAUCAUACACCAACAACGACGGCGAACUCUUCAUCCACAAUGAUUUUGUGCCGUCUGAGUACGCCCCGGUCUUAGGCAAGGACCUGCAGGCAGCUCCAUUCAUUCAUGACCCUCUGGGAGAGACUACUGGCAAUUCCCGACGCUUACCAAUCAACGGCUCCAAAGAUGCGCGCUCUGCUCGACAAGGUACUCCAGAUUCGUUGGACGAGAUUCUCGGGGAUGACGGGAUUUCUGAUGCAGACGGCUUCAUUGAGGAUGAUGAUGGAGCUGGCUACGCUGAAGAACUUAACGGCCAUGGGAAGCGUGGACGGGUAACCAACAACCUCGACCUUCCAAGCGGAAAGCGGAGCAAGGGCGGUUUACAAAUACAAACACAUGCAGCUUUCCAGCCGGGAAGCACCCCCUGGCGCGGGAACAGACGCUACCUUUCUCUCAACUUCACUGGGUUUGUCUGGACUGUAGACCAAGAAACACACCAUACGGUCACCGUCGAGUUCUAUGACCGCGAAGCUCACCGUGACUUCCAUUUCACCGACCCGUUCCUGUACGACAAGGCAUGUUUGAACGAAAACGGCACUCUCUUCUCCUGUCAACCGUCAAAGGACCAUCCCGCUAUAGUUUACUACCGGCCGCACGAGACCUGGACUGCUCGAACAGAUUGGAGGACAGAAUUGCCUCCAGGGGAAAGCGUCACUGCCAUCUCGCUCAGCGAGUCGUAUGUCGUGGUGUUGACGUCCACCGACUACGUCCGCAUAUACAGUCUUUUCGGCGUGCCAUUCCGUGUCUAUCGGCAGAAAUCAUCUCCAGCUGUGACUUGUGCGAGCUGGCGGGACUAUGUCAUGACUAUCGGCAACGGUCCUGUCGGCGGUGACGGCACCACACGCCUGUUGUACACGAUCGAGAAUGUGAAGCGCGACGAGAUCUGCCAGAGCGAGGAUAUCGUCGCACUAAGCGAGGGUGCUGAACUGCAGAGCGUCUUCUUUUCUGAUCAAGGCGAUCCAUGCAUCUAUGAUACUACCGGUACGCUCUUGGUCCUCCAACAUUGGCGUACGCCUUCGCAGGCGCGCUGGGUGCCCCUGCUCGACACCAAACUUCUCUCUCGACUCGCAUCAGGUCGCAAAGAAGAAACGUACUGGCCCGUGGCCGUCGCCAACGAACGCUUUCACUGCAUCAUCCUUAAAGGAGGCGAUAAAUAUCCCUACUUUCCGCGCCCCUUACUUACUGAUUUCGAAUUUCAAAUCCCGCUCUACGCGCCCAAACCUCCUCGUCGGCCCGCCAGCCCUGAUGCUAUGGACGAGGACGAAGACGAGUCUUCCGGUUUUACCGAGACCCAGACAUUCGAAGAGCAAUUUGUCCGAAACUCUCUACAAUUGUCGCUGCUCGACGACCUCGUCGCUGUGACGCACACAACGCAGGCACAGAAGCAGGCGCUAGCGCGUCGCGAGCUCGACAUCGACAAGCUGCUGCUACAGUUGCUGGCGGCCGAGUGCCGCGAGGGCGAGGAGCGCGGGAUGAAGGCGCUCGAGAUCGUCGGGCUGAUGCGCGAUCGCUCGGGCAAGAUGCUGGAUGCGGCGGCGAAGAUCGCGAGCAGGUUCGGGCGGGAUGUGCUGAGGGGUAAGAUUGAGGAGUUGGCGGAGAGGAGGCUGGUCGGGCUGGAUGACGAGGAUGAUUGA